UCCACUUCUGCAUUUCUGUCAGGAAGUCUGCUGCCUGGUGCACAGGUUACACUCCACAGUUUGUCGUUAAUCUGAUCUGGGAGGUGCAAUCUUUGUGUCUCAGAUGAAUAAGCAUGUCACCCAGGAGAAUGAGGUGGAUAAUAAAUUGGACACUAAUCUGGCAACCAAGAGUCCAGAUGAACCUGUUGUGGCACCUCAGAAUUCUCAAUAUAACACACCGCCAUCAUGCUCUCUCCUGUGUCCACUUACUGCCUGGGAAACUUUGGGGAAGCAAUAUCAGGAGUAUAAGCAAUCUUGUCCUUUUAUGACAGCUGUGCAACAGAAGCAGGGCUUGUAUGGCCUCCUUCCUGUGUUCCUCCAGGCAUGUGAACAGACACAAGGAAUCUUCUCAGUACCUGACAUUUGUAUUAUGGCCAGUGACUUAGGAACUCUUCUUGCCAUGGAAAUGAGGAAAAAAAUCUCCAACAAACCAGCAGGUGCUGCGCGAAUAGCUCUUACAGGUUUUCUACAGGGAGACGAGGAAGGAAAAUCCGGAUACUACCUGCUCAGAUCAGUUUGCCUUCUCUCCCAAAAAGAUCAGGAUAUCCUGUGUAGUCUGAUCAAAACUGGACUUCCAGAUGUGUUUCUGCAGAGUCUGUAUUUGUUCCUUGCCUUUCCUGCUGGACACAGAACAGCCAAAUUACAAGAAUCUGAAAAUCAAGUUAAAGACCUCUUCAUGCAGACAAUGUUAAAACUUUGCAGUCAUGCACAGGGAGUGGAGAACCUGACCCGAUCCUCAGACUUUGAGUGCCUGCUGAAAGCUGCUGCAUCAGGUUGGGAUCGAUGUGACACUCACUGGAGUGGAACUGUGGAGCAAGUGCUUAAAGGUGUGUCUAAUGCACUGACCCCAGGAAUGCUGCACUACCUGCAGAGUUCCCAUUGUACUCAAAGCUUUCUACAGACCCUCUCAAAGCAAAUAAAUAUUAUUGCGCCCGGUGUACUGUGCCAAGUCACCACUAUCCUGCUCUCUUUCUUGUUAAAUUCCUAUUCCCUGACUGCUUCCUUACUUCAGGACUUUGAAAGCACACAGGGUUACUCUCUGUUGCUGAAAAUAAUACUACAAUGUAAAGGAGAUGCAUUUAUAGAAGAAGGAGGUGAGCAGCAGCUGGAUGAUCUUCUAACAUUACUGACCUCCCUUGUUAUCUGUGGAAAAUCAGAAAUAAAAGUUUCAGGUCAGGUGUCUCAUCCACAGCUCCCUGGUUUUUGCAUUGGAUGGACACAUGGUUCAGGGAAGACAGUGAAGAACCUCCAGGCUUUCCAAGUCUUGCAGGGUGUUUUUCAAAACAGCAUGGAUGUACAUUUGUGUAGCAAAGUACUGUCACAAAUACAGUCAUUGUGGGCUCUGGAGCACAGCAACUUCUUUCUUCUUGAGUGGAGUUUGCAACCUAUCUCACAGUUUGUGGAGAUCCUCCCACUGAAGCCUCCUCGUGUACAGUACCAAUUCUUUCAGCUUAUCCAGUUUGUGGUUUCAGAACUGUCCUACAUUCCCCAUCAAAUCCUACAAAAGGUCCAGGAGCUGAUAAAGCAAAACCAAAGUCCCUCUUGCACAUUGUCAGCUUUGAAUACGUUGCAGAAUAUCAUUGUCAAAGAUUCAGUCUUCAGUGACCUCUUCAGAGAUUCAGGGCUUCUUGGUAUGUUGCUUACCCAGCUGAGGCAUCAAGCUAAAGUCUUAAGGAGAGCAGCUGCUAUCACAGGCCAAACCACAGAAGGAGAAUAUGAACGAGAGCUCACCAUUGGAAGACUGCAAACAGUGGAAGUCCUGCUUCAGACAUCAGUUCGAAACGUAGUCAUUUUAAAAGACUAUGGUAUGAUUCCAUACAUCAAGAUCUUCCUAGAUGAUAUGGGAUUCCGUAGAGGAGCCAUAUGUAUUCUAGAACAUGUUUCAGCAAUUGAUCCAGAUGAAUAUAUGAGCACAAUAAUGGGUGCUCUGUGCUCUUCUACUCAGGCUGAAGUCACCCUGAAGCUGGAUCUGCUACAGUCCCUUCAGAAGAUGUUAAAGUCACCCAGAGAGCAAACCAGUUUCAGAAAUGCAGCCGGGUUUGAUGUGCUUUUGUCUCUGAUUUCUGACAUGGAAGGAUCUUUACAUGAUCCACCCGGAGAGUGUUGGUCAGAAGUCCAGUCAGCCAAUAUUUUUGGGUUAGUUCAGGCUAUAAUCACUGCUAUGUCUGCUGCCCUAUGUCAGAAUGUCUCCAAUCAACACUUUUCCCACAGCCAAAGGAUUUUUGAGAAGAUGGCAGUAGACUUGAAGCAGUUGGGCUGCUUUUCAUUUCCAAUGGUUUAUCAGACACAUAUUUAUCAGAGCCAAAUGUCCAGAGGACGAUCUCUUCAGGAACUCUUGGGUGUGAUCUUUGGUUGCCAGACAACAUGUUCACAAUCGCUUAGAAACUGUUUUAUAAUACUUAGUCUUCUUUUGGGUAUGGCAGCAGGCAAACUUACUAGUAGAUGGCAGGAACAUGCCAUCAAACAAAUUACUAUUGAACUACCAAUUAGAGACAUACUUUCAACAUAUGAAGAGAAAAGAGAAAUGGAAGAGGAGUUAACCAACUUCAUUCAACAUGCAUUUUCUGAAGUGUUGGACAGUUGUUCCAGAGAAGACCUUGUUACUGUGGAGCCUGGUGCAUUGUGCGUUGUCAUCAGCCUUAUUCAGAAUGUAUACAGUGAAGAAAAUCCAGAGCUGUCUAAGGAAAUUCAGUGUGCAGUUCUUGAACAUAUACAUUCAUUGGGCCGAAGUGAAAGGCAGCGUCAGGUUCUUUGUGAAUCCCAGCUGCUGAGCUGCAUUGUUAGUUUCUGCAGGGAAACCCUGAAUAAUGAUGGCGAUCCACUGCGGCUACCUCUUAUUAGAAUCUUUGAGAAGCUUGCAUCCCAGGCAGUCCAACCUGAUGUGUUAAGGCAAUUUCUGUGCUGUGGGAUUACAGUGCAGCAGGGCAGUGAACAUAAGAAAUCCACAGAUACCCAGACAAAUUUCUACAGUGGCCGUCUUUGCUCAAGCUGGGUCCUCCAUACAUCUAUGAGUUUGGUGUCCAUGACAUCCCCUCGGAAAUUCCAAACCCACAAUUCUUCUAUGUCACCUUCAUUUGUGGAGUUUGACAUGACAACACAUGGAUCAGGGUGUUUGUUCCUUCCUUCAGUUGGCUCUAUUUUAGGUUCAAAUGUUGAGGAUAUCUUGUCUGGGGGUAUAGGAACAGGUGCUCGCAACUUUCCUCCUCCUGGUGGACUCAAUUUCUCUUGCUGGUUCUUAGUGAGCAAGUUCUGCCAUGCACCAGAGCCACAUCCCAUUCGCCUCCUGACCAUUGUUCGCCAUAUGUCCCGCAGUCAGCAGCAUUAUGUGUGUUUAUCCAUUGCCCUUAAUUCAGCUGAGCGCUGUCUGCUCAUUUCUACAGAAGAACAAGAAUUCCAGCCUUUGGAUAUGAUGGAAGUUGAAGCGUUGCCUAGUAAUUCCUCUCGGCCACCAUCUCAGGCACAGCUUAAUUUGUCUGGACUACUUGUAAAGGACCAAUGGCACCACCUAUUUGUGGCAUUGAAAGAUAUAAAACGGUCUGGAUUGGUUACUGCCUGGAUUGAUGGUCAAUGUCUGGGUUCAAAAGAGAUCCAUUAUGUGCAGCGCUUGCCAGGGGCCAUUUCCUCUUUGGACCCCUCAGCUCUAGUAGACAUUCAUGCAUUCCUUGGCACACCACAGAUUUGGCACCAACAUAGUUCUCUGUUGUGGAGGCUGGGACAGUCUUACCUGUUUGAGGACGUUCUAUCUGAGGAGACCCUGCGUUUGCUUCUGAAACUUGGCCCUUCCUACUGUGGAAACUUUAAGACUGGUGCAACUACUAUUGUAACAGAGGAGAAGAUUGUCUUUGGUGUAAAUGUCCUCAACUCUUACCUCAGCACUGUCACCGAGAUCAGAGACAUGUAUAAUGAGGUUGACGGGCGACAUAUAGCUAAAGAGUUUGGUGUCCCAUCAAGGGAUAAUUCAACCCCUAUCUUCUUGUCAAGAAAUUUGGCUUUACAUCUACAUGGUACAGCACGUACUCUUGGUGCUGUAACUGUGCAAACUAAGGGAGUACGAGUCUUUAACUCCACACCAGCUGCUGACUCUCUCAAUUACAUUGGGGGUCCAGCAGUAAUGCUCAGCUUGAUUUCCAUGUCAAGUGAUGACCAGGCCCUAUAUGCUGCUAUAAAAGCACUUGUGUCUGUUCUGAGCAGCAGUCUUCUGGCAGAACAACUUAUGCAACAUAUUGAUGGAUAUCAGCUUCUGGCAUACUUAUUAAGACGCAAGUCCUGUAUUUUGAAUCCACGGAUAUUUCAGCUCAUACUAACCAUUACAGGCACUGCUGAUGUAAGUGUUGGGCCUGCAAGACCUUUGAACUUUUCUGCAGUGAAACAUAUACUGUGUAACUUUCAGCUCUGGCUGGAGGUACCAGGGGAUCUGGAUGUGUCUCUGCUGACUCACCUUGAAGAAGUUUUAAGAUGCCAUGGAGACACAGAAAUCAUCCAACAGCUGCAGCUUGUUCCAAGUCUAAUUUUCCUCCUCAAUGACCUUCGUGUGACACAAGUGAAAGCCACCCUCAUAUGCAACCUUUUAAACUUGUGUUUAAAUUCUUGCUUCAACAAGAAUGAUAUAUCUAGGCUUGGGCUCUUUCUGGUCAGCACAUUGCCUGGUACAUCAAUUGAUGAGAAACAGCUUUACCCACAGGAAACCCCAACUGAAGAUACCUGUGCAGAUUCUGGGAGACUGAUUUGGCUUCGAAACCAGCUCCUGCUCAUGCUGAUCAGGAUUAUAUGCCCGCCUACUUCAUCUUUGUCUAAACAGCAACAAGAGGAAGUAUUGUCAGCUCUUGGGCCUGACUGGUUUCUGCUGUUUAUCCAGCCCUCUGUCCAUCCUUCCAGCGUAGACCUGGGCAUGAGGCUAGUGGGACACCUUCUUCAAAACAGGACAUUACUUGCUCGCUUCAGCAAUGUGACAAAAGCAGGAGCUUGUGUGGAAAACAACACGUAUGAGUUGCAUUUGCUAAUGGAUAAUCUUAGAGGCCAAGACACAUUAACAACAUUCAACUUCUCUCUGGUGUUUGGAUUCCGGUCUCUCCUAUGUAUUAUAUGCCAUCACUGGUACAGGACAGAAAUUUACCUGUUGCUGUCUUCUGUGCUUCUGAGGACUCCCUUAAUGGAGGUAUCUGCUGAGGGAGAUGUGGAGAGCAAGUUCCAGGAUAUAUUUCAUAAACACGGCACAGACAGAAUUUUACAGCAUGGACUCUGCAUAGAGGCAGCUCUUCUACUGAUGGCUAUGGUUAAGACUGCUCUCUAUCAGAAAACAGCAACUGAAGAUAAACCUAGACUUCUAGCACAUUCAAAUGCUGUGAUGCAGUUCCUCUGUCUGGUCUUUGACAGAUACCCACAGGAUCCACUUUGGAUUGCAUCAGACCUGAUUAAUUAUUUGGCCAGUCUUCUCUUCCUGCCUGUUGAUUUGGAAUCAUGUGACACUGAGGAAGAAGGAAUAACUCCAGGCACCCAAGAUCCUUCUGUUAAAACAGAUAAACAACAUCUUGAUGCUGCAAGGAAACCAAUCCAGAAACUGAUGCACCUAAUUCUCAAACAGAAUCUCACACAACCUUGGACUUUCAAGCAUGAACCCCCAUUGGAGUAUCUCUUAGAGGUAUUUCAGGCGGAUGUCUCUAUUGAGAAGAAAAGCCAGUUUCAAACAGAGAUUCUAUUAUUUAUGAUGGAGAUUUUUCUUGCAGUCAGUGACCAAGGGGCGUCAGACAACCCAGAACUACAUGAAAUCAUGGUGUAUCCAGAAGGUUCUGAGAUCCCAGAAGCAGUGACAAUAGCUAACCUGUCAUACUUCAGCCAAAAGCUGUUGGAAAAGAUGCUUUCUGGAAUUUUUAUAGAUGACCCAUGCACGAUUCUUCACUUCUUUAUCAAACAGAUCACAGCUGUAACACAUGCCAUAGCACCCUGUAACAGGGACAGUCAUUUCAAUAUUCUAUAUGGUCAUCUGAAUCGCACUAUUCUGCACUGUCUAUCAAGACCCAGAACCACCCUCUCUGGCAUGAGAAGUUUCCUAAAAGUUCUGGAGCUUCUUCUUUCUCAUUGGGAUGUUGUCUUUGCCACCUACAACUCCAGCCCAAGUUUUUUUGCAUGCUUUCUACACUGCCUGUUUCAGAUCUUCUCUGGAAGUUAUCCUGAAGGUUUUGGUGUUAAAUCCAAGGUUCAAAGAAGAUCUUGGCAACUGAUUUUUCUCUCAAAAGAAGAGGAAGGAGAGGAGCAAAGAGAUGGUCCUGACAUGCAGGAGGCACAUGUCCAUGUCUUACAAGCAGUGCAUACAGUCUGGGAGCAACUGAUAGUUUCCAGGCGCCAGAUAUUGGAAGAGUAUUAUAAGAUGGACCUGUAUUUCAAACAAGGAGAAUGUCAGAUAUCCCAGGUCACCCCUUUAUGGGAGGAAACAGCUUUAAAAGCCUGGCAACAGUAUUUAGUAUCAGAGAAGAAGACCCUGAAGAGUAAAAACAGAACAUCAGCCGGUCCCGGGCAGAGAAUCACAGCAGCUGUCAGAGGACUUUAUGGAGGGAGUGGACAAGAUGCCGAAUUCAAGCCACAGGAAGCUGCUUCCUCUCUGGAUGAAUGCAAGAAAAUAGCACAAGACUUAUUCAAGUGUCUGUACAGAGAUAGUCAAGAGAUACAGCAAUGCCAAUAUAUGGCUGCGUGCAGGGACUGGUCUGAGCAAGAGCAAGAACUGCUCUCAGAAGUUGGAGUUUGGGGGCUGCUGCAGAAUCACACUGAGCACAAGUGGGAAAUGAGCCAUAGAGAGGGUCCAUGGCGUAUAAGAAAAAGGAUGCAACCAUUUCAAAGAGAACUGGAAACACUGAGUGCCACAGAGACAGGUGCAACUUCUCUUUUGGGAGAGAUAAACAAAGGAGCCCAGAUGAGGUUGAAUGAGCAAAGGGGUGAUGGGACAAGCCUAACAUUCUUUCCAACUCUGCAAGAUAACGCAAAAUAUUCAUUUACAUGCACUAUAUGUCCAGAGAGACUUAAUGUUCUACGGGAAUUUCCAGAGAAAGAAAAGAUCUUUUUAAAGAUGCCCAUGGUUUUAGUUGAAGCACAUUUGAUCACGGAAGGGAUCCUUAUGUUUGGAAGAAAUCAUUUCUACCUGUGUUCUUAUUUCACUCUCUCCACCUCAGGUGAUGUUACUUGCAUUACACAUGGAAAGUCAAGCAUUGAAGAUCCAUUUAUUUACGACUUGUGUUAUAAGGAUACACUCACUGGGAGCCCCAAAGAUGCUGAACACAGCCUGGAAUCAUCUAAAAUAAAAACAGUUAGAAGGAACCCAAAAAUUGAGCGCUAUCCAUUCCAGGAUCUGUUAGAUUUGCAGCCCAUGCGUUUUCUCAUGCAGGAAAUAGCUCUGGAAAUAUAUUUGAGGAACAGAACUUCGAAAUUCCUAGUCUUUCCCAACAAAGAUGUGAGCACAGCAAUGAAAGGGUUCCAAUCUUCAAUGUCAAAUUCAAAAGUGAAAGCAGCUGAUGAUGACUGUCAGUAUAUAAGGGGUUCUGCAGGAGAAAAAGUGAUGUUACAAAAGUGGCAGCGAAGAGAAAUUGGGAACUUUGAAUACCUAAUGUUUUUGAACAAUCUUGCGGGCCGUACCAUUAGAGAUCUUAUGCAGUAUCCGGUGCUCCCCUGGGUACUUAGAGAUUACAAGUCUGAGACACUUUACCUUUCGGACCCAAAAGUCUUCCGUGAUCUAUCCAGACCCAUGGGGGCUCAAACUCGAGACCGCAGUCAGAAGUUUAUUCAACGCUAUAAAGAUGUGGAAAACAAUGAUGGAGAUCUCUCAGUGCAGUGUCAUUACUGCACACACUACUCCUCAGCAAGCAUUGUUUCAUCAUAUUUAGUGCGAGUGGAACCCUUCACACAGGCCAUGCGAUGGGUGCAGGGGGGGGCUCUGGAUCUGGCUGACCGAUUAUUCCAUAGUGUAGCAGGAGUCUGGGAAUCUGCCUCUUCUGAAAACAUGAGUGAUGUUCGGGAACUAAUACCAGAGUUUUACUAUCUGACUGAGAUGUUCACGAACAGCAACUGCUACCAGCUUGGCUGCAUGCAGGAUGGAACAGUUGUAGGAGAUGUGCUUCUUCCACCUUGGGCUCAUGGAGAUCCUCAAACAUUUGUUCGUCUGCACAGUGAGGCUCUGGAGUCUGAAUAUGUCAGCUCUCAAAUUCAUCACUGGAUUGAUCUAGUGUUUGGGUACAAGCAGCGAGGGCCAGCAGCAGUUCAUGCGCUCAAUGUUUUCCAUCCAUAUUUCUAUGGCUCUACCGAUCACCUAAAUAGUGCGGAUCCCUUUGUACGAAAUACUCUGAUUGGCUUCAUCAGCAACUUUGGGCAGGUUCCCAAGCAGCUUUUUACAAAGCCUCAUCCCUCACGACAUGGUAAAGAAUUAUCAACAGGACAUACUGCAAGCCCAUUUUACAGUGCUCCCUGCAGUCUGAAGCAUGUCACUGUCACACCUAAAGCAGGAAAUCUACGUGGAGCCGUGGGUCACAUGUUUGUGACAGAGAAGGCAGUGUUUGCAGCAGAGAAAAAUCAUGUUCUACUACCUCCAACAUAUGCAAUGAACCUAAGCUGGGGCUACAGUGAUGGAUCCCUAAAACUGCAAAACUGCAAUACUCGCAAGGUUGUAGAAGUAUGGGAACUGAUGUCGCACUGGGGUUGGUGUCAUUCUAUUGUUUGUCCUUCACCAUCCCUUGUUAUUACUGCUAUGAGCAGUUCAGUUCUGUGUGCAUGGACAUUCUCUCCUCCAGGACAAAAGGAAAGGGAGUCUGAGUUACAACUAAAAAAGGUGCUAUCAGGUCAUGGGUCCGCAGUGCUCUGUGUUUGUGCAUCAGCCAACUAUGGUGUUCUGAUCAGUGGCUCUGCAGAUGGAUCUUGCAUUCUUUGGGAUCUGGACAAUCUAAAAUGUGUCCAAAAACUCCCACUUCACCCAAGAGAAGUAACAUUUGUAGCAGUCAAUGACAGAACGGGGGCGUUUGUUUCGUGCUGUCAUGCAGAUCUCUACAUGUGGUCAGUUAAUGGAAACCCCAUAACAUAUAUACGUGUGGGAAGUGACAUUCUCAGCUGCUGCUUUGGUGGAUUGAGUGUAAUAAUCACAGGAUCCCAGGAUGGAAUUGUCAGGUUCUGGAAGAUGGAGAAUGCAGAAGACUUGAAAAUAAUUGGCCUGGCAGGAUACAGAUUGAAAACAUCUCUGCGUAUGUUUCACCAGCUAGCCCCUGCAAUCACAGCAGCAGGAAAGCAACAGCACUCUUUUGCAAUAACUGCCCUUGGUGUAUCAAGGAACAAUACCAAACUCCUUGUUGGGGAUGAGAGAGGUGUUAUUACCAGUUGGUACCUGGACUGACACCACAUAACAUGAUAUCCCAGUCUAAACCAUGACUGCCUGUAGAGAUACUGUGGAUACACCAUCUGAAAAUUACAAGACAUAAAUGCCACAUGCUUUGUAGUUAUUAAAGCAGAAUAUAGCUUUGAUUGUUUUGUCUUGCAUUCAGCAAUAUUGGUCCUUAGUGUCAAUAUAUCUAUUAAUAAUACUGUGCUAAUAAAAUUCUACAUAUACUUUAUACAAAAU